UGCCUUUUUAUAGGAUUAUUAUUAGAGAAAAGUAAGGCAGAAAAUAUUAUCCUAAGCUCUCUCUAUCUGUCUUUCCUUUUCAAGUUUUUUCAGUUACUUUGGAAUUCAACCCAUUAUUUUUUAAUUUUAUAUAUUCAUUCACACUUCUAACCUGACCCCUUCUCUCUUAUAAAUAUACACCAUAUGCCCCUGAAACAUCAAACAGAAAGUGGGAGAUAGAGAGGUUCCUUCACCCAAAUGAGGAAAACCGAUUUGAGUUUUUGAUCUGGUCUAUGUGGUAAAGGACAGAGAUUUGAGGUGAAAGGUGUGCUUUGCUUUGGUGGUUUGGUUUUUUCUUUUGGUUCUUUUGAGGGGUUGUUGGUUGGUUGAAGAAAAGGAGAAUGGCCAUACAAGCGCAGUUGUAUUCAGAUAAUAUUGGUUUUACUUUGUGUGGUUCCCAGGAUUGGAUUGACAAUGGUUGCGGUGGUGGUGGGUUUAAUCAAUUCUGUUUCAGUCUUCAACAGAAAUCGCAGCUACAGCAAUUACAACAACAGCAACAGUUGCAGCAGCUUCAAAAUCAGCAGCUAAGGAAUCAAAGUCUCUAUUUUGACAACAGUCUUGUUCCCUCCUCUUUGAAGAACAACAAUAACAACAACAGUAACAAUCGUGAAUUAAUGAUGCGUUGCCAAACCAUGGUUUCUCAAGUUGAGAAUGAGAAACAAAGACAUGAGGUUGAUCAGUUUAUCAGAUCACAGAAUGAAAAACUGAGGAUGUUACUGCAAGAGCAAAGGAGGCAACAAGUUGCACUCUUGGUAAAGAAAAUAGAACCGAAGGCAUCUAUUUUACUUAGACAAAAGGAUGAAGAGAUAGCAAAAGCAACAAAUAAAACAAUGGAGCUACAAAAUCUGUUGAAGAAACUUGAGAUGGAAAACCAGGCAUGGCAAAGAGUGGCACAGGAAAAUGAAGCAAUGGUUGUGUCUUUAAACAACACGCUUGAACAACUACGAGAACAAGCUUCUUGUUGUUUUAACAACGGAGUAGAUGAUGCAGAAUCAUGCUGUGAAGUGAACAGAGAAGGAACGGAAACAGAGGAAAACAGGGGCUUUGCAGGGCUUGUUGCUGAUCAUGUACAAGAUGAAGAAAGAACAAGAAAGACGACGGCGACGACUAUGGUUUGCGAAUGCUGCAAUUCUCGGAGUUCGUGCGUUUUGUUCCUUCCUUGCAGACACCUUAGUUCGUGCAAGGAUUGUGCUGCUUUUCUUGAUUCUUGCCCCGUUUGUAGAACAGCAAAGAAAGCUAGCAUAGAGGCCUUGCUUUCUUAGGCAGGAUCAAAAUUUUCCGGGGAAAAGUGAACGAAAAGAAAAGCAGAGAGAAAAAAUAAGACAACAACAGAAAAUCUGAUGACGAUGAUGCUGAUGAGCAUAACCCAUGUGUAUGCUAGACAUUAGGUCUCUCUUUUUCAGUUUUUUUUUUUUUUUGUUGCCAUUUUUGGUACUUUUGGCUUUUAGAUUGAACAUGUACUAAAAGAAGCAAAAAAAAGAAUCAAAUGAACAGAAAUUUACGGGCAUAGGACAGAGCAUCCUGGAGUUAUUGCCUGACACUUUUAUAGGCAGUAGUGGUAGGAUAUAUUAUUAUGGCAGAUUGAUUUGAUUAUUCAUAUCUGAUACUAUGGCAAUUUUUUUUAGCUUUGGCAGUGACAGCUCCAUUGUCAGAUUCCAACCUAAACCUCCCUGUCCCAGUGUUCACACCUCACAUUUGGAAAGCUAAUUCCAUAUUAUAUUUAUAUAUAUAUAUGUUCUUGCUGCUACCAUACAAGUCUUAUGGGACAUUUUUUCUUUUCCUUGAUUCUGCAUUUUGUUUGAAAAGGAAAUGAAAAGCAAGUUGCCAAAUUCAGAACUCAGCAAAUUGCAACAGCUUCUUUGAUGAGAAGAAAACCUGAUUUGGAUGCUUUCAUUUUUUUCUUAAAUUUGAGAGAGUGGGUGAGUGGCUCUGGGCAAUCUCUUUAACACUACUUUUAUUUCUAUUUCUAUUUUUGUUUUUAGAUUAGAAUAUGAAAAAUGCUUUUGAAGUAUAAAAAAUAAUUUAUUUAGGUGUAAUUGUAUAAGAAUUUAUUA